AGACUCUCGGUAAGCACAUUAGUCAGUCAUUAACACAAUUUAAACAGAACAUCCACCAUCUCUGCUCUUUAUUAUUCAACAUAUCUUCUUUGAGGAAACAAACUGUCUGUUGGUCAGAUCUGCAAUUUGGUAAUACAUAUUUACUUUAAAGUGACCAUGGCGACGACACUUUUCCGCUGUCUUGUAUUGAUUUUUCUCUGGGCUGCUUCUGCUGUCUGUAUGUCAGUUUUUUACAGCAGUCCAAAAGCACACAUGCUCCUGCGCUCCAGAAGGGCUAACAGCUUUCUGGAGGAAAUUAAGCCUGCAUCUUUGGAGCGAGAGUGUAUAGAGGAGCAGUGUGACUUUGAGGAAGCUAGAGAGAUCCACCAGACCAGAGAGGCCACGCUACAGUUCUGGAUGGUGUAUACAGAUGGGAACCAAUGCAUCCCAAAUGCCUGCGAGAAUGGAGUUUGUGUGGAUCAAUACCAAAACUACAUUUGCUCCUGCAACCCUGGUUUUGAAGGAAAAAACUGUCACCUAGUCAGCACACACACCAACUGCUCAGUGGACAACGGAGGCUGUGAUCACAACUGCCAUGAGAUGAAAGACAAGACAGGACGUUACUGCAGCUGUAUUAAUGGAUACAAACUCCAUGAAGACUCCAAACAGUGUGUUCCAAAAAAUCAGCAGUCUUGCGGACAGAUUUUGAUCACUAAGUCAUUCUACGGAACAAAGCCCAUUGAAGGUCUACGACCUUGGCUCAUGGGUGGUGAAGUUGGCAAAAGGGGAGAGAGUCCUUGGCAGGCUCUUAUCUUUAAUCCCAAUGGAGAAUUCCACUGUGGCGGUGUUUUGCUUGAUGAAGUCUGGGUUCUCACUGCUGCUCACUGUCUUGAGAAAUACAGCCGCUUCAGUGUCAGACUGGGUGAAUACAAACGUUUGAAGUUCGAAGGAUCCGAGGUCACCCUUCCUGUGGUGAAAAUUGUCCCCCACCCAAAAUACAAUAGCCUAACAGUGGACAACGACAUAGCUCUGCUGCGUUUGGAGUCACCAGUAACAUUCAGCACGUACAUCGUCCCUGCCUGUCUGCCGAGUCAAGACCUGGCCGAGCGUGUGCUCCACCUCAACGGCACCACGAUGGUGGUGACAGGCUGGGGCAUGGAUAAAGAAGGGACAGCGUCAUACAGCUCAGAUCUCAAACACAUCAGCGUGCCACUGGUGGAGCGAUCCGAGUGUGCACGCCACAUGGUCACCAACCUGACGGAGAACAUGCUGUGUGCCGGCAUCAUCGGGAGCAUCAAGGACGCGUGCCAUGGUGACAGCGGCGGCCCCAUGAUGACACUAUAUCGCAACACGUGGUUCCUCAUCGGCCUCGUAUCCGCGGGCGAGGGCUGUGGCCGCACGGACAAACUGGGGAUCUACACUAAAGUCUCCAAUUACCUGGAGUGGAUUGAUAGCGUGAAAAAGCAGCUGUGACCUAAUCUUGUCGUUUCAGAUCUGUUCUGCCUAUCAUUCCGGAUGUAGUUAGUCUUUUAUUUUAGUAGAGGCUCUUCUUUUUACUAAAAACAAGUCUCCACUCCCCAAACUCUAAAAUCAAAUCAAUAUCAUCCCUACUGUGCGCAAAGUUAAUUAUGACAAUGCACUAUUAAGUCCAUAUAAGUCCAAAGUUGGGUAGAUAGGAGAACUUGUUAAGUGGCUGCUCAGAGACACUAUUUAGACUUGUAGACAGUGCUACUAUGAAUUGUAAAGCCCUGUUCAGAGGGGGUUCAAUUUACAUUCAGACAUGGAAUAAUUCCAUGAUUUUAUUUCUAUCCGGAUUGGCCAUGUCAGUGCUUUUCUCCCUCCUCUUCUCAGCAAAUUACACACCAAAUGACCUACUGGGGUUUUUUUUCAUAAUCUCUGGAGUUUUUUUUUUAACCAAAUCAACAAAUGUUCUCCAUUAAAAUACUUUCAAUUUUUUGUUAAUAAAUUUCUUUUAAAUAAUAAAAUAUUAGUAAUGACUCA